AUGAGGGAGCGAGCUCUAGCCAUUUUCGAGGACGUUGUUGGACCCGAUGAGAACGCACAUGACUCUGAUCUCCAGACGGAUCGCUAUCGAAUCGUCAUCAAGAACCCCAUACAGUUUCACAUGAUCGUCGAAUUCGUCGGAGUAGGGGCAUCAAUUCGUAUGGCUUUUCGGUUUCUGCAUAUGACGAAGAAGCAAACGGAUUUGGCGUCGCUUGGGAGUGCAAGUAAAGGCAAGGUCACAAGUUAUAUUCGAUAUGUUUGCGCCUCGAAUCUGCAGAAAUUUCUGAAAAUCCUGGCCUCAUGCUGGACAUUCUCGCGUGCCAUACACAUGUCCACUCACAUGUCUAAGUCGUACAUGGACAUCCGCAUUCGGCUAUUCUUCCGCUCUGAGAAUCUUAACUUCGAUUUCCUAGCCAUCCCAAUUCAGCAGUUACACUGUAGACAAGUUUUUUAUGCAUGCUGUGGAUAUUAG